UUUGCAUUCUUUGCCAAAGCCACUUCAUAUUGCUACAAGGACUCACAGUGAAAAAGUGAAGGCAGUGCCUCUGUUGAUCAGUCUGCAGCUGUCAAGUAUUUUGCCAGUGACAAUGUGGCUCAUCACUUUCCUGCUGUUGGGGCUUCUAACGUUCUCUCUGGCUCAGGACAGAGAUCCUUUCCAGUGGCUUUCUUCCCUGCACAGUCGUGGUUACGCCUCUCUGCAGGCCGACAACACUGGAGGAGAAUGUCCUGAGGAGUGCGACUGUCCUCCAACCUUCCCAAUUGCCAUGUACUGUGAAAACCGCAACAUGAAAAAAAUGCCUUACAUCCCAUCCCGGAUGAAGUAUGUGUACCUGCAACACAAUCAGAUCAUCUCUGUUCCAGAUAACGCUUUUGGAAAUGCCACCAACCUUGUGUGGGUUAUGUUGCAUGAGAAUCAUAUUAACUCAGUGGGCAAGCAAGCGUUUGCUAAACUGGUGAACUUGGAUCGCUUGUACCUGAACAACAACAACCUAACAGAGGUGCCGUCCAACCUGCCUCGCUCACUACGUGACCUUCGUCUCAAUCACAAUAAAAUCACCAAGAUGCCCCCUAACGCUUUUGAGGGCAUGGAGAAUCUGACCAUACUUUUGCUUCAUAACAACGGUCUCCAGGAUAUUGGUGGUGGCCUGAAAGGUCUGAAGUCAUUAACUCUGCUGGAUGUGAGCAGUAACCAGCUCAAGAAGGUUCCUAAUGGUCUCCCUGAGAUGCUCCACCAGCUCUACCUAGAGUCCAACUCCAUCGAAGCAGUUCCAGAGAACUUCCUCAGCCAGUUCACAAAUCUAGAGUAUAUGCGUAUUUCUCACAAUCAUCUCACAAACAAAGGCAUCCCUCAAAACACUUUUAACAACAGCGGUCUGGUGGAGCUGGAUUUGGCCUUCAACAAGUUGGAGAUCAUCCCUGCUGUUAGUACUAAUCUGCAACAUCUUUAUCUACAGGCCAAUCAGAUCAAAGAGUUUACAUUGGGCAGUUUCUGCAGUGUGGUGGAUGUCAUGAAUUUCUCCCAGCUGAGAGUCUUGAGGCUGGAAGGAAAUGAGAUCAGUGCUAGAGACAUGCCCUCUGAAGCUGCCCUGUGUCUUCGUCUGGCUACUGAUAUUGCAGUGUAAUGGCAGUUACCAAUCAGCAGGGGGCUCUUUUGUUUAUUAAGUUACAGUGCCUUAUGAUUUUGUAUGAGAGGAAUCUAGUUUCCUGUGGACUUUAGAAAGAAAUACAAAUACUGAAAUGGGGAAAAAAGGAAAUUUGAGAGAUUUAGAUAGGAAAUGUAGAUCCUCUGUUAAGGUCUGAGAAGCUAGUUUAUGAUUAUUAUUAUUAUAUAUAUUUUUUCAAAAGCCUCAUAGCCAUUCUAAUAUGCUUUUCUGUGCUUUGUUUGUGUGCUUGUCUGUUGGUUAGAUGACUAGCGCUAAAAUCAGCAUUGCAAUUUGCUGUUUGUUUGGUGGACAUUUCAUUCACUUUAGGUUUGUGGAAGUCUAUGUCUCUUCAGGAAAAAAGUUUGAACAAUGCUGUAUUUAUUCUACAUGUGAAGAACUGAGAACAGAAAGAUCUUACUUGACUACAUUUAAGUCAUUUUAUAAUGUUAUCUGAUAUGAUUUCAUCAUGAAAAACUUAAUUUUACUCUUAAUACAUAAUCUUCCAUUCACAUCUGGGGGAGAAAAACUUUGAAUGGUUGUGUUUUAAGAGCAAUGUAUUGCAAGUGAUCUAAAAAUGACUUCGGUCCUGGUGUUUAAACAUACCUGUAGACCUUGUGGCUCUUUUUGUCCGUGUGUUAUGUAUUAAAUGCUUAAUACAUAUAUAAACAAAUCAUAUUUAUCUAGUUCUCUGUGACAACAUUCAUAUAUUUCUCUAAAUUGGCUCUGGUUCAUGCCUACACAGAAAAAAACAUUUCUAUAGAAAUCACAGUUUCACACAAACACAGUAAGUUACUAAUAUAAUUUGUUACUGAUAUCAUAGAUUACAAUGUAAUGUCUCAAGUUACCCAUUUAUAAGCAAUAUAGAGUACAUUAUUGUUUACAAUACAACCGGAACACAUUCUAAACUUGAGGUGCGGGAUUUAAGUCAACACUCAAGUUUUGACAGAUAUGCUUCUUAAUCAUUACUUAAUAUCAAUUUAUUGCUAUUCAGUUGUAAUUAUAUAUUGGCACGUCUAAAUUGAUAGAGUAUUGAUACACACAGAACAUUUAGACGGAUUGAGGACUGAAUCAAGGAAGUAACCUUCAGAGAAAACGAACAGUUGUGAGAAAUGUGGCUUUUGGGCUUUAUGCCAUGAAUCAGUUACGUAUUAAAGCAAUUCAAUUUGCAAGUCAUGUGUUAUUAGCCUCCAAGUCUUAUUUUCACAGUAUACCCAGAUUUUAGAAAAUGUUUUGACCUUAAUGAUAGCGGGUUUUGUUUGAUAGUUUGUUUUGUGAAAGCAUCUUUUUUUGAGAGUCAUCGUGUAUUUGUGACAAUAGGACUAUGACAUCAUAUUGUGACUUCAGUAAGUGUGUAACAGUGUAAGAGGUUUUCAUCCCGCAACAGUUUGGAUGUGGUGAAUGCAGGUGACUCAAUGUUAUCACUGUCUUCAUUUGGAAUAUUUCUACUUUCUCAAAACUCAGGACACAAACAUUCUGAAUGUAGAGAUUAAAGACUAAUUUAGAUUAAAGUUUGUUUGUUCGCUUAUUUUACCAGCAUCACCAGGACCUUCUGCAUUGUAAACUUGUCAGCAAGGUGCUGUUUCACUCUGACAACCAAUGACUUGUUAGAGAUAUAGUAAACUCAAAGAAAUAACCUGAGACGUUCCUUGCAUGGCUCCCUGAACAAAAUAAAACAUCCUUAUGACCUCUUUUUGACUCAAACAUACGUAUCAUUUAUUUGAACCCUUUCCUCUAAAACAAACACAGCCUUUUAGGGGCUGUUUGUUUCCUUAACCUGUAAUUACCUGAUAAGCACUUUAAUGACAGUCAAAACUAUUUUGGGCAAUAACAUCAGACUGCGGCACAUGAUCUCACAACUGGUGCCCGUGUAUCAGAAAACCAUACUAUAAUUUAGCGCUUAACACAAUGACAGUGAUUUAUAAGGCUUAAAUGGAGGUGGUGAGAUGUUUAAACCUGUAGAAAAGGGUGGGUGAGGGUGUUGAGUUAAUAAGUUGACUGAUUAUUUUAGGGUUUUGCUCUUUCGUCAGGCUUGAUACAAAGAUCUUAUGUUUGCUCUCCAGCACUCAGUGUCCAGUCAUUGAGAGGCUGUGGAAUGUCAAUAAUGGUUUGGAAUCUGCACUUUAACAUGCUCUGGGAGAUAAAACAAAACAAAACACGGGAAGUGGACUCAUUUAAUUCCCAGAAUCUUUUCUUUAGUCUUGAUAAAUUUUCUUGUAUAACAUUUGAGGACUGCCACACAAUAGAAAGACAAUAAAACAUUCCCAUGGUUUUACUAUUGUAUUUUUCUAUCAUUCUGAGAAAAAAAAAAACAUUUAGCUAAGAGGACUGUCAGAGGCACAACAUUUUAUAAUAAUAAAGCCAGUUUUGUUCCACUGGUGCCUUUCUAACAUUCCUUAAAUAGCUCUGCCUCAGCUAAAUGUUUACUGAUAAAAUGUCAUGGAAGUGAUCUCGCUGAAUAAAUAUGAAUAAGUCUGUAUCUGAAACUCAUUUUUAAAUCAUGAACAAGUUACUUUUAUGCUGUCAUGAUGACACAUGACAUCACAUGACUGUGAAGCCCCCCCUUGAGAGAAAAAGUGUAGUUUAUCAGUGGUCUUUGUUUGCAAUGACUAGUAGUUUAUUAUUAUAACCGAUACCUAUAAAUUAGCCCAGUUCUUUCUAUUGUUAAAAAAGCUACACACACUGUGUAAUAUUCUAGAUAUA